AUGUGUAUCUGGAAAGGUCAGCGGAGCGUCGUGAAGUUUCUCGUGUGGCUGUUUCUCUUCUUCAAGCUGGGAGAUUCCGAUGAUGAGGACAUCUUCUUCAAUGGAUUAAGCUCUGCAAAUCUGAGCUUGAACGGCAAAGCGGUCGUCUCCCCGGACGGCCUUCUGAGGCUAACGAGCCCCGAGAGGCUCCAGACGGGCUACGCCUUUUUCCCAGCCCCAAUUCGCUUCAGGAGCUCCCCAACCGGUAAUAUCUCAUCCUUCUCAUCCGCCUUCGUCUUCGCCAUCGUUCCCGAUAAUAAGGGAAUAGGCGGCCAUGGUAUUGCCUUCGUCAUCUCUCCUACGAAGGAUUUCCGAGGAGCCACGAGUAAUCAAUACUUCGGCAUCUUCAACAAGUCUAGCUCCCGCGACGAAGUGAAUCACAUCUUUGCCGUCGAGCUGGACACGAUCCAUAACAGGGAUAUGGAGGAUAUCAACGACAACCAUGUAGGAAUCGACAUUAACAGCUACAUCUCCUUUAAUUCCUCUCCUGCUGGUUAUUUCGAUGAUGACUCCGGUAGAUUCAACGAGCUGACACUCAUCAGUGGGAAUCCCUUGCAAGCUUGGGUGGAUUACGAUGCCUCGGAGAGGCGACUCAACAUCACGCUCUCUCCCACCCAGAUAUCUAAGCCCAAGAUCCCUCUCAUAUCGGCUGCCGUCGACCUCACAAAUGUCCUCUCUGAGACGAUGUAUGUGGGCUUCUCCUCGUCGACAGGCUCGUUUCGAACUUCGCACUACUUACUCGGUUGGAGCUUCCGGAUGAACGGGAUGGCGAGAGCCCUCGACCCGUCUACCCUCCCUCCUCUCCCUCGACAUGGGUCUUCGGGGAGGGCGCGGGCCGCAGAUAUUUGGGUGCCCAUAUUCGUGCCUGUAUUGGCAAUGAUCAUAUGCGCCGUUGUGGUGUUCCUUGUGAUUAGGAGGAUCAAAUUCUCGGAGCUGUUCGAAGAGUGGGAAGCCGACUUCUCUUCCCAGAGGAUUUCCUACAAGGAUCUGUACUAUGCGACGAAAGGGUUCGGAGACGGGAGGCUUCUUGGCACGGGAGGCUUCGGCAGGGUUUACAGAGGCGUGAUGCCCGGGUCCAAACAAGCGAUCGCAGUCAAGAUAGUUGCCCAAGAAUCCACAAGAGGGAUGAAGGAGUUCAUCAGGGAGAUCUCCACCAUCGGCCAGCUGCGGCACCGGAACCUCGUCCAGCUCCUUGGGUACUGCCGGCGGAAGGGGGAGCUCCUCUUGGUCUACGACUUCAUGCCCAACAGCAGCCUGGACAAGUUCCUCCAUGACCCCAAUCAUCCUACUCUUAGUUGGGCCCAGAGAUUUCGUGUCGUAAAGGAUGUGGGCGCAGGACUCCUCUACAUGCACGAAGAGUGGGAGAUGUCCAUCAUCCAUAGAGACAUCAAGGCCAGCAAUGUCCUACUAGACGGUGAAUUCAACGGGAGACUGGGAGAUUUCAGCCUCGCCAGGUUGUACGAUAAUGAGGACAACAAUCCCACCUCCACCCGCAUGGUGGGUACACCAGGUUACCUCGCCCCCGAGCUCCUGACAACCGGCGUCGCCUCCAAGGCCACUGACGUCUUCUCCUUUGGAGCUUUCCUUCUGGAGGUUGCCUGUGGAAGGAGGCCACUUGACUCACAUACGCCGGGGGAGGACUUCACCUUGGUGGCCUGGUUGCUGAAGAAUUGGAGAAGGGGAGCCAUUCGGGAGUCUGUGGAUGGGAGACUGGGAAGCGACUACUCUGAGGAGGAGGUCGAGUUGGUCUUGAAGCUCGGUUUGCUCUGUUCCCACUAUUCGCCGGCGAGGAGGCCGUGCAUGCGGCAGGUCGUGCAGUAUCUAGGCGGCGCCGCUGAGCUCCCGGAGCUGGUCGAAUACUUUCUCGACAGCAACGGCGUCGAGUCCCUGCAGACGGAGGCCAUCGCCAGUUGCCUGGUCUCGUCCUCUCCUUCCUCCCUCUCCGAGGAUUCCCUUCUCCACGGGGAUCGCUGA